AUGCCCUACCAAGUUGACGUCAUUGGGUAUGAUCAGGAAUCGCUGUUCAGCCCCGUGAUCUUCCAGAUCCGGGUAUCUUGUGAUACCGGCGUCCACUUUGUGUGGCACAGAUACCACGCCUUCAAGCUCUUGGCUGCAUACUUGCGCCAUCGCUUUCCAGCGCUGCCCACCCUGCAGGGAGGUCAUCUUUGGCAAAAGGCCGUCAAUUCGAUUGGCUUCCUGCAAGCUCGACAGCGCUGUCUAACAGACUUUUUGCAAGCUGCACUGGCCGCCGAUGUAGCGGUGGAGGAUGUCAUUCUGCGCGAGUUCCUGGGCAUCAAAGAGUGCUCGGGGCCAAUCGACCCUGACACUGCGACGGAGCCUAUCUCGGGCCGUGGCCGCAGCCGCUCCAGUCUGGAUAAGUUUACGGCACGCUCAGAUGUGCAGCGCCACUCCUGCGCAGGGGGCCUUCGCACUGAAGAUAUGUCCAUCUGCGCCAUCAAGCGUUGCCUGUCCUCCCCGCUCCCGAGCGAUGACCAGCUGGAGGAUGCCCAGGAAGCUUCCCGCUUGCUGGCUGACAGCCGAUUCCAUGACGCAGCAGUGGUCAUUGCGCGGGAUGUCGCGCGUGUCUUCCCCUCGAACAACAAAGUUCAUGAUGUGAGAAUUGAGAUUGCAGAAAUCCUCCGUGCAUAUGCCCGAGAGGAUCCAGACCUUGGAUACACUCAAGGCAUGUGUUUUGCAGCCGCUGUGGUGGCUUUGGGUGACGGAGAGGUUUCAGAAAAGCAACAGCGAUUCAGCCAGAUGAUGCAAAAGCUGCGUGAUUUGUGGAUUCCUGGCUUCCCCCUCGUGGAGCAAGGCGUCCCCAUGGUAGAGUCCAUGCUGGCCAGCAAGGAUCCGGAGCUCAUGCACCUGGAUGGCCGUUAA